AGCGAGCAGUAGCAGCGAGGGAAACAUUUGAAAAUCAUUUUCACAUUUCGGAGUGAGGCACUGAGGCGAGCGCGGGCGGCGGCCGGCGGCGAGGAAGGCUACUGCUAGGAUCAACCCGCUGUGAAAUCGGGUCCCCGAGAUGGAGGGGAAGGCGCUGGCCGUCGAUUGCGGUGGCGCUGGCGUCGACGCGGCGGAUGAUCUCAAGUACAUCUCCGGGCUGAGCACCAUUCUCGUGGCCACCAUCCAGGAAGUGAAGGACCAGGUCUCCCAGAUGGAGUUCAUCUUCUGCAGCCAGCUCUUCCCGCACAUCCAGGCCAAGUCGAAGCUCGUCCAGGCGCGUCUCGCUGACGCGGUGAAGGCUGGUGAGGCUGAGUGGAGGAAGAGGGAGGCUGGCCUGGUGAACCAGCUGGAGGAGGCCAGCCGUGGUAAGAUGCUCGCGGAGGAGAGGUUACUGCAACUGGGCACCUCUCUUGAGGAGAUGAAGGGGAAGCUUGCGGAUUCAGAGCAAUUGGCUGCAAGGCAUGAGGCUGAGAAGAAACAGCUUCUGGGGAGGUUGGAGGAUGCGAUGAAGAAAGGUGAGGGGGUACAUCAGCUCCAGAGGGAGAUUGAGGAGAAGGACGCUGAGGUGGUCAGGGAAAGAGAGGCACAUCAGAAGCUGCAGCAGCAGGUUGUGCAAUUGGCUGCAAUGCAUGAGGCCGAGAAGAAACAGCUUCUGGGGAGGUUGGAGGAUGAGAUGAGGAAAGGUGAGGUGGUACGUCAGCUCCAGAGGGAGAUUGAGGAGAAGGCCGCUGAGGUGGUCAGGGAGAGAGAGGCACAUCAGCAGUUGCAGCAGCAGGUUGAGCAAUUGGCUGCGAGGCAUGAGGCUGAGAAGAAACAGCUUCUGGGGAGGUUAGAGGAUGAGAUCAGGAAUGGUGAGGUGGUACCUCAGCUCCAGAGGGAGAUUGAGGAGAAGGCCGCUGAGGUGGUCAGGGUGAGAGAGGCACAUCACCUGCUGCUGCAGCAGGUUGACCUGAAGGAUAAGGGUCUACUUCUGGAGCAGAGCAAGCGGAGGGACUUGAUUGAGGAUUACACUCAGCUGAAGACAAACUACAAGCAUUUGAAGUCUCAGUACACCUUUCUUCUUGGGAAGAUUGACCAUCAUGAAGGCUCCAAGCCUCCUGGGGACAUUCCUGUAGAUACAAGAAAUACUGAAGGUCCUCCAAGUAAGAGGAAGUUCAAAGAUUUGGAGCACAUAAACAAGGAGGGCAUCCAGGUUCUUUCCAACACAAGAGACCUGAAGAAUGACUCUGCUCUAGGUGCCAAAGGUGAAGCUGCCCAACAUGCUAGUUCAGUGAGGAGUCCAUUCAGAAACUCACACCAUGCCCUGCCAUCUCGCCCAACUAAUCCAUUGCCAAAUCAUGCUGCCAAUAAUUCAAAACUACAUGCUUCAACCAGCGUCGCUGCCCCAAGUCUAAAUUGGAGGGAGACCCGUGCACGCAAAGAACCAGGUGUUGCUGAUCCACAUGAUGAUUUCCUUGAUACACCUCUGGAAGCUGUCAAGAAUACCAUCAGGAACCCUACAACUCCAGAAGAAGCACAGGCUCUUGCCGCCUCUCCUCCUCAAGACAUGGAAUUCAACAAUUCAGAUGAUGAAACCCAAGAUAUGAAUAUUGCAACUCAAGCCCUCCGGAACAUCUCCAAUAUGCCAGUUCCCAGACAGCAAAACACAAUAUCAGUACAGCCACCAAAGAAAGAUUUCAAAUAUAGAGAAUCAGUGAGAAAGAAAGCUGAUCGGGAGAACCUAAAAGGUGUUGAGUGCAAGCAGUGCAAGAAGUUUUAUGAUGCUGUUCUUCCUGGUGGCCAUGCAAAUGACAAUGGUGCUGGCUCUACAAGCUUAAGAUGUGAGCACCACGAUGGUGUAUCAAGGCAUCGGUACAGGUACGCGCCGCCUUUGACACCGGAAGGGUUUUGGAACAUUGGUUUUGAAUCAGAAAUGUAGCAGUACAUGAAGUAGCAGGAAACCUUAAUGCAUGUCCUCGGUCACCCCAACAUAUUGUAGCGAUGUCUACAAUAAAUUGUAUUUUCUGCUAAAGUUGGGGAAGUGAUCAUCGUGUGAUUAAGAUUGAUGGUAGGCAGUAGCUACUGUCAAUAUGUUUAAGAUAGAAUGCAGUGUCAGCUAUUGCCUUUUGUGGAUUCAUCAAGUUGACCAUUUUGUAGUGAACCACCUACCAUUGGAAAGCAGUUCUCCUUUUUUUUUUUAAAUGUAAAGGAGACAUCUGAAUAACAGCGUACAUCAACAGCAAAACCUCUGGCCUUGUACUGUUAUACUUAUUAUGUUCAUUCUUUCAGCUGUUUGCAAUUUACAUCAGUAUAUUCAGUUGUUU